AUGGUUGUUGCUAUGAAUGUUUUGAAACAAACGGCUGAAGAAGAACGUGGUGAAAAUGCUCGUAUGGCAAAUUUUGUUGGUGCUAUUGCUAUUGGUGAUCUCGUUAAAAGCACUCUCGGACCAAAGGGAAUGGAUAAAAUUCUCACUAGUGGUCAAAAUAUCUAUCAACAAAUCACAGUUACAAAUGAUGGUGCAACAAUUUUAAAAUCAAUUGGUGUUGAUAAUCCGGCAGCUAAAGUUCUAGUAAAUGUUUCAAUGACACAAGACAGUGAGGUUGGUGAUGGAACAACUUCUGUAACAGUUUUAGCUGCUGAAUUAUUAAAAGAAGCUGAAAAAUUGAUUGGUCAGAAAAUUCAUCCACAAACAAUUAUUAAUGGUUUUAGAAAAGCUUCUAUCAAAGCUCAAAAAGUUUUAGCUGAUUCUGCUAUUCAAACUAAAGAUAUGCGUGAAGAUUUACUAAAAAUUGCCAGAACAACACUUGGUUCCAAAAUAGUAGCUCAACAUAAAGAAUUCUUUUCAAAUUUAGCUGUUGAUGUUGUAAUGAGAAUGGAAGGAAGUUCUAAUCUUGAGAGUAUACAAUAUAUAAAGAAGCUCGGUGGUUCUAUGGAAGACUCUUAUCUUGAUGAUGGAUUUUUGCUUGAAAAAACUGUUGGAUAUAAUCAACCUAGGCGUAUGGAAAAUUGUAAUAUUCUCCUAGCAAAUACUCCUAUGGAUAAUGAUAAAGUAAAAGUUUUUGGUACCCGUGUACAUGUUGAUUCUGUUGCUAAAGUUGCUGAUCUUGAGAAAGCUGAGAAAGAAAAAAUGAAAGAUAAAGUUGAGAAAAUAUUAAAACAUGGAUCUGGUAUUAUGUCUAUUGAACAUGCUGAUUUUGAAGGAUGCGAAAGAUUAGCACUUGUCUUAAAUUGUGAUAUUGUUUCAACAUUUGACACUCCAGAAAAUGUUAGAAUGGGAAAAUGCGAUUUAAUUGAAGAAGUUACAAUUGGAGAAGAUACUCUUCUUCGUUUUUCAGGUGUUCCAGGAAAAAAAGCUUGCUCAGUUGUACUUCGCGGAGCAACAAAACAAAUUCUUGAUGAGGCUGAACGCUCACUUCAUGAUGCCUUUUGUGUGUUAACAACUCAUGUUAAAAAUUCAAAAACAAUUGCUGGUGCAGGUGCUUCUGAAGUUAUGAUGUCAAAUGCUAUUUUGGAAGAAGCUUUAAAAACAGCAGGAAAAGAAGGUCUUGCUAUUGAAGCAUUUGGACGUGCACUUCUUCAACUUCCAACAAUUAUUUGUGAUAAUGCUGGUUUAGAUUCAGCCGAUCUCGUAUCUCAACUUCGUGCUGCUCAUGCAACUGGAAAGAAAAAUAUGGGAAUUGAUAUUGAAAAUGGAAGAAUUGCUGAUAUUCUUGAACUUGGUGUAAUUGAAUCAUUAAGUGUUAAAAUGAAUGUUGUAACUGCAGCUACUGAAGCAGCUGAACAGAUUCUUCGUGUUGAUGAUAUUCUUAAGUGCACCCCACGACCAAGAGCACCAGAUAAUCGUCCCUGUUAA